UCAUUCAACGCGGAGUGCGAAGCGCUGGCACUGCCUGAACUGGGGUUAAUUCUAUCAAAUUUCGUAUCAAACUUUUUCUCUUCUUGUUUGCUUAACCCCCAACUCUUCACUAAAAACCACCCCCCUCUUCUUUAUUAUCGGUUAAUGUUGAGACAAAUUGCCGUGAAGCGUGCUGCGCCUAUAUUAGCUCGCCAACAAUUGAAAGUUAUUCCUACUGUAGCACGUACCUUUGCUACUGAAGCAACUCCCGAUCCUAACGCAAACCCAAUCACUGGAAAGACAACUUUCGGUGGUCUUCAUGACGACGAUCGUAUCUUCACCAACGUUUAUUCAAAGCAUGACUUCCGUUUGAAGGGUGCCAUGAAGCGUGGUGAUUGGUACAAGACUAAGGAAAUCCUCCUCAAGGGCCACGAAUGGAUUCUCAAGGAAAUGAAGGAAUCCGGUCUUCGUGGUCGUGGUGGUGCUGGUUUCCCUACUGGUCUCAAGUGGAGUUUCAUGAAUAAGCCUUUGGAUGGCCGUCCUCGUUACCUUGUUAUCAAUGCUGAUGAAGGUGAACCUGGUACCUGUAAAGACCGUGAAAUUCUUCGUGGUGAUCCCCACAAGUUGAUUGAAGGCUGUCUCUUGGCUGGUUCUGCCAUGAAGGCUAACGCUGCUUACAUUUAUAUUCGUGGUGAAUUUUACCAAGAAGCCACUAACCUUCAAAUUGCCAUUGAUGAAGCCUACAAGGCUGGUUUGAUUGGUAAAAAUGCUUGCGGAACUGGAUAUGACUUUGAUGUUUACAUUCACCGUGGUGCCGGUGCUUACAUUUGUGGUGAAGAAACUAGUUUGAUUGAAUCUAUUGAAGGCAAACAAGGCAAGCCCAGAUUGAAGCCACCAUUCCCUGCUGAUGUUGGUCUCUUUGGUUGCCCUACCACUGUCACCAACGUUGAAACUGUUGCUGUUGCUCCUACCAUUCUCAGACGUGGUGGAUCUUGGUUUGCCAGUUUUGGUCGUCCCCGUAACUCUGGUACUAAGCUCUUCUGUAUCUCAGGUCAUGUCAACAACCCUGCCACUGUUGAAGAAGAAAUGUCUAUUCCUUUGAGAGAAUUAAUUGAAAAACACUGUGGCGGUGUCCGUGGUGGCUGGGAUAACUUGCUUGGUAUCGUUCCCGGUGGUAGUUCCGUCCCUGUUCUUACCCAAGAUAUCUGUUCAGAUGUUUUGAUGGAUUUCGAUGCUCUUCGUGAUGUUCAAUCUGGUCUUGGUACUGCUGCUGUCAUUGUUAUGGAUAAGAGUACAGAUAUUGUUGCAGCCAUUUCUAGAUUUGCCAAGUUUUACAGACACGAAAGUUGUGGUCAAUGUACACCAUGCCGUGAAGGUACUAAGUGGCUUGAAUCCAUGAUGGACCGUUUCGAAGUCGGUCGCGCUAAGAGAGAAGAAAUUGAUCAAAUGUGGGAAUUGACAAAGCAAAUCGAAGGUCACACCAUUUGUGCUUUGGGUGAUGCUGCUGCAUGGCCAGUUCAAGGUCUCGUAAGAUCCUUUAGACCUGAAUUAGAAGCUAGAAUUGAUCAAUUCAACAAGAGUUUGCAACAAUAGGAGUUAUUCAGUUAGAAAAUUUGGAAAAAUAAAUAAAGGUUUUUAAGCAACUUGUACUU